UCUUAUAGAAAAAUAUCACAAGAUACUCCCCAUGUUAGACCAAGAAUAGUUAAGAAUGUUAUUAAAAUCCACCCUCUAGCUUUAGCAUCCCCAUGUCUAAUACAGGGGGAACUGUAACCUCCAGGAUGGCCGUGAGGGUGCCACGAGAUAUGACGGUGCUUUGUAAGAGUCUAUGAUGAUGAAGAGGUGUACACACUUCUGGUUCUAUGGCACGCAAUGGCACAAUUUCCUAAAACAAUCAAUCACUGGCCGCUGGUCUCCGCCACAGAAGCGAGAAGGCGAAGGGAAGUCAUCAUUUGGAAAGCGUCACGGUAAGAUGCACACACUGUGCCACCGCUGUGGCUCUGAGGCCUACCACCUUCAGACGUGGACCUGUGGCAAAUGUGGCCACCCCGCCAAACGCAAGAGAAAGUAUAACUGGAGUGCCGAGGCUGAAAGACAAAAUAUCACCGGGACUGGUCACGUGAGGCACCUCAAGAUUGUAUACCGCAGAUUCAGGCAUGGAUUCCAUGAAGGAACAACACCUCAACCUAAGAGGGCAGCUGUUGCGACGUCCAGUUCACCUUAUGAAUUUCAGCAAUUAGUCAUGUAGUAAAUGUUCUGGUUUUAACAAAAAUUCCAAAAAUAAAAAAGAAUCCAUCACUGGUGCUGACAUUUCAGGCACAUCCUCACUGACCCACCAUGUAGACCCACCUGUGUAUACAGAAGUUGGGCUCUGCCACCUAUCUGUAAAAUGCCACGUGGAAUGUGGCAAUUAAAUCAGAUAAUGUAUGGAAUUGCUAGGCACAUUUCAUACUUUCUCCCUCACCCCUUGGUGCCUCGCCCCACGUCUAGAGGACAAGGUGUGUGGGUCAGCAGUGAUGCCUCCACCUCUGCUGUUUCCCCACGUGGCCUCUUCAGACUGAAAAAAAAGGCGAGAGUAAAAAAUAUUCACCAAACUCCACAUCCCUCCUCUUCAAAAGACAGCAGAAACUCACAAAACAAAUACAUCCUGUUACUGCAAACAUGAAUGAGGCAAAGUAAGUCAAAUCUAGUUUGUUUCUUCUAAGAGAAAGGCCGAGGAGGAACAGUAAUUUUAACAGUAACCCAGGCAGCAUUUGUGGAUGUAAAGGAAAACCUCUGCCGGAAGACCCCUCAAGUGCAGCCUGAUGAAAGCAUCAUUCGCAAGGCAUUCCUCUUAAUAGUGUGCCAGCAGGUGUUCACCCGGAAAUCCACGGCCCUCGCACGCCUGGCUUCUCCUCCUCCAAAGAAUGAAGGUGGAGUAGGUGACCUGAAGAAAAUAUAUAGCCUUCACUGCCACACAAAGGGAACCGAAUGAGGCUCACACAGUGCCUUCCGGCACUCUGCGGUCUCCCUGCUUCCUCUUCCCCCAUGUGGAACCAGCUCAAUAAAUACUGUGGGACUUUUAAAUAAUAUCAACAUUUAUCUCAGUCUCAAAGCAUGUGGCAAAUACUGUGCUUCUCACUCAAAUUUGGUAUAAGUCAAUUUUCUUAAUCCGUUUGGAUUUGACGAAAUACAGGCACAAGGAGGUCAAGUGCCUAUUUGAGGGCAGCGGAGUCGGUCAGGUGUUUUGAUGGGAUCACGGCCUGGGGUUCUUCCAUUUCCAUAGAGAAAUCAUCAGGCCAUCUCUUUUCUCAUAGCAGGAUUAUUUAUUUUAAUGCUGAACCCACUAAAUAGGCACAAUAAAACACACCGUGAAAAUUCAUUUCUCCCCAGUGACAUAACAAUCAGUCAAUAAACGGAACUAUUUCAUGCUUCACAAAAAAAAACAAGAUAAUGUCAGUAGCUAAGAUGGUCUAUAAAGCACCUACAUUUCAACUAGUUCCAGGUCACCAAGUGAGAUACGCAUUCAAAUCUGUUUUAACUAUUUUUAGUAAAAAAUAUAUAAAGCACAAGAUAGUUCAUAUUGGGCUCUAAAUAGUAUAUGUACAAAUUUUAACAUAAACCAUAUUUCAAAACCAAAACAUAAAUACA